GUGCGUGCCGACGUCACCGCUCAUUCCCCGAGUGUCACUGCCAAAAUAAAACGAGUAAGGGGGAAAAAAAAGAAAAAACUUUUUGGACCGUCUCGCGGCGGAGAAACUCAUGGCAGCUUGGGCGCGAGGCCGUAAGGAGAGCCGCCGUCCGCGCGGCUUGUGAUGCCUGCUCGAGCGGGGCUUUGUCUGCGUAGCCGCGGAGGAGCCUGUUUUCCCCGGUCCGCCGCUGCGGGGUCUCGCUGGGAGAGCCAGCGGGCUGCGGCGGCGCUUUAGCCGACUUGCUAGUUAACGUCAACUUUAAAGAAAGUGGAGGAGUAGAAGCCCACCGAACGGGACUUUCACCGACAACCUGUGCGACGCGCGGACGGGCAGGUGAGGGAUGGAGACCAGAGAGUUGACCGUGGUGGCUGGCAGCUUCGUGGGGUUCCAGCUUCUCUUCUCGGUGGUCAGCCCGCGGCUCGCCUCCACCAUCACUCCAGAUUGCAGACGGCUCCCUCCACCCAAGCUGACCGAGUGGAACUCCAGGUUGGUGUCCACUGUACACGCCCUGAUUGUGGGCUUCUUCUGCUUAUACAUCCUGUGGUUUGAUGACGCCGUCAACGCCAACCCAGUCUGGGGUGACCCCAAUCUUGUCAAACUUAACGUAGCCAUAACCUGUGGUUACCUCGUCUAUGAUCUUGUGUUGUUGGCGUGUAACUGGAAAACUAUGGGGGACGGUUUUUUCGUCUGCCACCACUUGGCGGCGCUCUACGCUUACGGAUAUGUUUUGACACGCGGCGUGCUUCCGUACUUCGCCAACUUCCGCCUCAUCUCGGAGCUUUCCACGCCGUUCGUGAACCAGAGGUGGUUCUUUGAGGCCCUGAAGUACCCGCGCUCGCACUGGAUGGUGGUCUCCAACGGCGUCGCCAUGGCGGUGGUGUUCUUCCUUGUCCGCAUCGCCGUGAUGCCGUCCUACUGGGCCAGCGUCUUUGCCACCUUCGGCACCCCAGAGUUCGAGAGGCUGGGUUUGGGAGCCCAGGUAGCCUGGAUCACAUCCUGCAUCGCGCUGGACGUCCUGAACACCAUCUGGAUGUAUAAAAUCGCUCGCGGCUGCUUCAAGGUCCUAAUGGGGAGGGGAGGGGCUAAAGUCAAACAUGUAGAGGACAAAAAGUCCUCUUCAGACAGCAAACACGUGAACAACCACACCGACUGAUGAAGGGCCCUCUAAAAGCUGGCUUGGAGUUCUCAGGUUUCUUAGCCCUCUAGCGGAGGAGGAGAGUGACUCACUACAGCACCAGCAGCCUCUUCGGCGGCGCCACGGAGGCGACGGCUCUUGGUGUUUUUUUUUUGUUUUUGUUUUGCCCGGCAACAUUUUACCCGAUCACCCCUGCUCCUCUGUCAUCACCACAGCCCACUCCUCUGAAGUGCCUGUGACAAACAGGAAAGCAAUAAGAGCGGAGCAGGAAGACCACCACCACUUCCUCCUCCUCCUCCUCCUCCUCCUUUCUCUGUCCACAUCUGAGGAGGCGCGACUUACAGAGAGUCUGAAAACUUUGUGAACCUGCAGGGCUCCCGUCCUCAACCCACCCAACCUCAGAGCGGCAGAAAAGCACCACAAUGCCUCUCCUUCAGUAUUACCUGCUGUGGCCUCUUUCUGACAAGUAGCGCCUAUUUAUGUCACCAGCCGAGCCCCUGUAGACCUUUUUAAAACCUAGAUUGUAUGUUUAGGACGCGGUGAGUGUCCAUGCAGGACAGAAAAAGCACACGUUCGCUUCCUCUCAGACUGUUGUUUCAGGAUCCAUCACCUGUUUUUAUGUUGUCCAGCAACGUAGCUUUUCAUUCUACCUCUCCCCCCCAGCCUUACAGAGACUCUGUAUCCCAUUUCUGUGCGCUGAAAACAAACGCGUAUCCUUCAAACAUGCAGCCAAGUCUCAUCCCGGUACGUUCUCACAAACUCUGCCUGUGUUUUCCAGAGCUUCGUUGGUCUUCGGUGCCCUUUUAUUGACAGUAAAACGCGGCGUGGCCUGUUGCAGAAGGAGCACCUCGCCGCUCCCCCCAAUCCUGCCUCCACGCGUCGGUUUGAUGCGCCUCCUCUCCUGCACGCUGCAGUUCUGCCGGAUCCCCCACAGAGCCACAGGAGAUGUGAUGCCAGAGCGUAAACGUAGACGAAACGCCAUCUAGGGAUGAAUUGCAAUAAUCUAACAGUGUUUUGGUCUUCCAGAAUGUUCCCCCGAAGCCUAAUCGAAGCAUGACCUCGAUGUGUUUUUGAGGCUUUUCUCUGCAUGUUUUUAAGAGUCUGCUCCGCAGAGGAGCAGCUCUCGCUUUGUUUUUGCAAGCGCCUCCUCCCAAGCACUUUGCUCCCGUCCCGUCGGAGCAUCGCACCCCAAAAACCCUUCCCGAAAGACUUUAGCGAGCUCUCCCGGCGUCUGCUGCUUUUAGGAUUCUCAGUGGAAAGCACACUCCUGUUCUCCUGUCUGUCACGGGGAGGGGGGCGACGGUUUCUCGUGCCUUUACACAUAUGGUGGACGCCGUACAGUCGGAUCCAAACCCUCCGGCGGCGCAGCUCUUUCAGUUAUUCUGCCUGCACAGCAGUUAACCGGCCAAGUAUUCCAGCCCACAGCCCGUCCUCCGUUGGGUGAAGCUGCUUUGUGUCGAUUUCUCUGAAUGUUGCUGUGGAAACAUGUAGUGGCAUUAUAAUUCUCUCUCAGUUAUGAAAGAAAAGAAAAAAAAGAUGAGCAUGGCAAUCAGUGUAUCUGAAGAAUCCAAGCUGUGAAAGGAGCUGCGGCUCCUCCAGAUGAACCGUUUUCUUUUUGGGGGGGACGGAGACCUCGUCUCGCGCACAAAACGCAAAGCACAGGGUUGUCCUCGACCCCCAAACCGAGCGUUUUAUUCGGGUUCUCCUGGAAUCUCACAGUAAAUGAACAGUUGUUGAAAUGCUUUCUAUUGGGAGAUCAUAGUUCAAUAAAUCAGUCAACAUAAUGUACGGAAAGAUAUGUCUAAAAGAUAUGUGCAGUAGUGUCUCAUGUAAUGAUGCAUAUAAAAAUGCUGCAUCCAAAUUUAUUGAAGUUGUUUUUUUCCAAAUUACUCCCAGAAUCAGUUGAUUUUUUGUUUUAUGUUUUACUUCAUAAACCUUUGAUUACUUAAUGAUUCAUUGUAUACGAUACGAUAUGAAUGACCUCAGCCAGCGUCUGAGUGAGGAGGAACUUCCUCUCCUCCUGGAGGUUUUCAUGAUCGAUACUUGACCCCCAGGGCGGGGGGAGGCGGGUGGAGGUGCGACUCAGACUGCUGGUGACUAAAAUGACCACUACUAACUAACCAUCACCUAACUGUAGACCCAAAAGCCCAGACUUACUUGAAAGUAUUGUUCUUCAAUAAAGUUGAAGAAAAAAAUCA